UCAAAUGCACAUUUUGUGUGAUUUCGAUGAUUUUGACGCGCUUGACCCUGCCUCUGAGCUUUGCAAGAUCGGCGUUGAUGGUGAGAGUGAGGUUGAUAGAGCGACACAAGAAAGCGAAGGAAGGUUGCUAGCGUGUGCACGUUUCCGAGCCGAGCCCCAGCGUCUCGCGACGACGCUCUCUGUCGCGGCCACAACACACCAUCUUCUCGCCGCCACUGCGACCAGCGACAGCGCCGCUGCGCUCCCUCACCACAUGGACGCGAUUGGGGACAGCUUGCUGAAGCUUGCCUUGAAUUCCAAUCACCUGCGCGACUACCACAACACCGCGGAGGUGUGACUAACCUCGCCCGUACACGCGACUCUGGGAAUGCGCCACAGCCUCUCAGAUGCCCGCCACUCGACCUAGGGCCUCUUUUGAGCCCAUACCGCCCGACUUCGACGUGCGCACCUUCGUCGAGACCGCCGAAAACUUCCAGUAUGUGGACCGCAUCUCCUAUGAGAUGAUCGCCAGCAAUGGCAUGGAGCAGUUCGAGAAGCUCGUUCUCCUUCAUGUCAUCAUCGGUGGAAAACCUCUGGUCAUUGACGGCUUUGAAGAAGUACUAGAUCCGUGGACCUUCACACCGUCAUGGCUGCGUGACAACCACGGUGACAAAGUGGAGAACGCGCGCAACCUCACCGCGAAAGAAAACAUUCCUCUCACAAUCAAGCACUAUCUCAAACACUUGACCAAGCUCACAGAUCAGUUCUUCGACAAUCGGGACAGUUACAGGGACAAAACUCGCCAGCGUAUCUACCUGAAGGACAUCGAUUGCCCGCAAGUCUGGCAAGACAAACUCAAGGACCACAUCCCCCCUGGUCUCUUCUACCUCAACGAGAGUACUGGCGAGGUUGAUGGGGCUGGUGCGCUGGAGGACUCCACCGGGCGCAGAAGUCGCGGCAUCGGUCGUGCUGGCGAUUUGAUGAGCAGUCUGCCUCCAGAGAUGCGCGCUGAGAACUUGAUGUGCUAUAUUGGGCACGAAGGUACCUACACGCCGUCUCAUCGCGAGAUGUGCGCAUCGCUGGGCCAAAACAUCAUGGUGGAUGCAUCCAAGCAGAUCAGCGAAGACGGCAAGCCUGAGCAUCCUGGAUCGUCACUCUGGUUUAUGACUGAGAUGAAGGACCGUCACCUGGUUUCGGAGUACUGGCUGUCUGUUCUUGGUCACGACAUCGAGGUGGAAAAUCACUUUGCGCAACUCAUCGCAUGGAAGAAGGCGCCCUUCACGACGUACGUCGUAGAGCAGCGCCCAGGCGACUUCAUCCUGAUUCCACCGCUAGCCCCGCAUCAAGUCUGGAACCGCGGCACUCGUACUAUGAAGAUUGCCUGGAACCGCACCACUGUCGAAACCCUCGAACUCGCCCUGACUGAAGCCCUGCCAAAUUCCAGAAUCGUGUGUCGCGAUGAGCAGUACAAGAACAAAGCCAUUGUCUACUAUACGCUGCUCAAAUACUCACAACUGAUAAAAACUGCUCGCGCUCAGGUUGAAGCUGGUGGCGAACAAGCCGAAGCAAUCCAGCAUUCGGUCAAGGUUCGACAGGUACAACGAGACUUCAAACGGCUCUUCGAUCUGUUUAAGUCAAUCAUGCUUUCGGAGAUGUUCGACCAAAAUUCCAGAGAGCAAUGCGAAUUCUUGCCGUACGACAGCAAUGUCACCUGUGCUUACUGCAGGUGUAACAUCUUCAACCGUUUCCUCAGCUGCAAGACUUGCAAAAACCUGUUCAGCGACGAGACCGAGGAUCCGUAUGAUGUCUGCAUGGAUUGUUAUUGCAUGGGUCGUAGCUGCGGUUGCCAAUCUGGCUACCAAUGGGUCGAGCAGUGGAAGUGGAAAGAUCUCGUUCACAAGUACGAAGAGUGGCGCGCCCAGAUCAUCGACAUCGACGGUCAAUUGACCGAAAAGACACCUCUGCCCCUGCAAGAAGAGCGGAGAUAUCUGGGUAAGAAGACGUUGGCACAAGUGUGCCAGGAGCAGCUGAAGAUCCGACCGUUCGUGGACAUCAAAGCUCCACAAGUCGAGGACAAUUCCGAGGACGAGGACGUGGAAGUUGAUGCCUACGGUGUCGCAAAGAAGGUUAAAAACAAGAAGUCCAAGAAGCGGCUAAGGGCACAUAAGUCUUGCCAUACCUGCCUGAAUCGACACCCUAACUGGAAGGUGGCAUUCUGCUCGAAUUGUGAUUUGGCUUUUUGUUACGGUACCUUAUUCCGAGCGCACGACAUGAUGCCUUUGGAUGUCAUGGAGCAGCACAAUUGGAAGUGCCCUCACUGUAGAAGGGUCUGCAACACAGGACACUGUCGGCGCGACCCUCGUCAGCAUCCUUACGAGCCCAAGGGCACCCUUCUCGGCCACGACACGAAGAAGGUAGCCGAUCCUCGCUCUGUCGAGUGUCUUGUUGAUUUCAGUGUGUCCAACCUCAACUGGAUACGGGAAGAGGAUGGCAUGGGUCAGAGUGCAAUGCAGCGACGCAUGCAGCAAGCCGAACAGGACCGAAUGGCAGAUCCAUCGUUGGAUCCUCGAUACAUGGACGAAGAUCCUGCAUUUUCGCGAAACGGCAUUGCAUACUCUCCAGUUGAAGAUGCGAACGGCAACGUCAAUGAUAACGGCGGCUCCAUAGAGAUCGACACAAUACAGAACGGCGAUAUUCCGCGAUUGGGACAGAAACGAGGGCGCCAGGACGAGGAUGAGGAAGACAGCCGCAAGAAGAAGAAGAAGAAGAAGAACAAGAACAAGAAAGACGAGGACCAGCCCCUCGAACCGAAGAACAUCUCUGGAAAGCAGUAUCAUAAGGAGAUGCAACGCAGGCUUUUGGACGAAGCGAAGCGUGAGGAUAGAUUCAUCCUUGUUGCUGCCAAAAUGAAGAAUAAGUCGAAGGUUGUGAAGCUAUUCCUGGACCCUCAGAUCCUGGAGAAUAUCAGCAAUCGACCAGUGCCCGAACGCCCUCAGGCUGCGAUGCGGCAGAGAACACCUGAAGAUGAAGAUGAUAUUGGCAACAUGGAUUCUAUCCUGCAAUCAGAUAUCAUGCCGAAGGCGAAUGCUGCGAGAACUAUCGAUGGCAAAGAGAAGGCAACGAAAGUGUUCCGAUACCGAGUGGAGCCUGAUGAAUCGUAUACGACAAAGAAGCGAAAUACAGAUACUGGCGGGCCUGCCAAAACUCCCGGUCGACCUCGCGGUUCGCAGCGAUACGAAGAGAUCACGCUCGACUCAGACGAAGAGCUUCUCGAUGACGACGAUGGUGCAGACGGUGCCUACCCUGGACGCAUUCGCGCACGUGCAUCGAACUGGCUCGCACGCAAGAACCAGGAUGAGGAUGAGGACCUGCCCACCGAGCUCCCAGCAGAUUUCAGGGAUGGCGACGUUCGGCCAGCACGCGAACGAGCCCGUGAAAGGGCUCGCGAACAGGCCGAGAAGAGGAAGUCAAUGCCAGCGGAACCACAGCCAGGCAUCAGACCCAAGGGCCGACCACCGAAGAAUCACAGGAACAGCACCGGCAACAUCGUUGCUGAGCCUGCGAAUGAGGAUGAAGAUGCCGCACACGAAGAGGACGAUCCAUCUAGUGAAGCACUCAUCCUUGCUCAGCAAGCUGCCGCUGCCGCUCUUGAGGCGCGACAACAAGAGGAGGAAGCUCAACGUAAAGCCGCCGAGGAAGAAGAGCGGGCAGCAGCAGUCGAGCGUGAGGUGCAGGAGAACUUGCGUGCAAAGAUGGCUCUGUUCAACUCCGACCAUGAGCCUGUAGACGACUUCCUCUAUGAUCUCGCUGCUGAGGAUCCAGUCCUAGAUGAACUAGCUUUCGACUUCGAACCUGAGCCUAUUCGCAACGGGCCACCUCAAGCUACGAACUCGCUGUUCGAUCGACCCGAGAUGGAUGGCAAGAAGACUACAUCGAAGCGCAACGGUGAGAACUCCACCACGACUACGACUACCACGUUUACGGCACCAGUGUCAACCUUCACGAGCAUCAACAAGAGGCCGCAGGCUAUUGAUCUGUCAGACUCGGAUAGUGAUGAUGAGAUCCCCGCCAGUGCGCCAGUACCUAAGAAGCCUGUUGGUCGUCCUCGUGCAGUACCAACGAGGGGUGGCAUGGUGCCGACAAGAGGUGAUGGCACGCCCAAGCGCGGCAGAGAGCGUCCAAGGGAGACAAUGUAAUUGGGUGAAACAGAUUGGUGACACAUAACUUCUGCGUAUGGGUCUUGUUGAUGUAGCAUAUAUUGCCUUCCUUGCAUCCCAGCGAGGCGCUAUGGAGAUAUUCACGGCAUCAACGAAAUUGGUGGGACUUUUCGAUUAGUAUAGCUUGGAGGAUUAGCACAAGAGUCCAGAUCCGUAGGCGAUACAAUAUCAUGUUCACUCAUGC